CUAGAAUACAAACUAUACUCUAGACACAGAAGAGUGGAAGGGGAGGUGAGAGACGAAUUGAUAGAACCCACAAAACUAGAAUCCCCAUUUCCCUCUCCUUCGGAUUUAUAUUUAAUCCUUUGUUCUUCUCUUCUGUCUGUCCCAUUGAUUCCAUUGAGUUCUCUCCUUUUCUAGAUUAUAGAAGGAGCUGGUUUUGAUUUGCAGGGAUUGAACUAAAGAGGGGAAAGGGAAAAGUCAAGCUCACCUUUUCUUUUCCACUCUUCUGUUCUUCUCACGUUUGUGUUUAUCUCUUAAUGGGGAUUUGGGGUGUAAGAGAGUGAAAUCUGAACUGGGUUCUUGUUCUUACAUUGAACUAGUUUUGCUAUCUAAUGGGUUCGAUCUGUAAUGGUGUGGAAGGGAGUGACUGAAAGUCCAGCUCUGCCACAUUGUCGUUAAUCCAACUCUUUCUCCUCUGUUUUCUGCUUCUGGGUUCUCAUCUGCUCCUGCUCUGUUCUUCCAUAGCGACUUGAAAAGCUCAAAUUUUUGAGAAAAUGGAGCAAAUUUCUUCGAGGGCUAUUCUCCCUGAAGCAUUUCAGGGUACGAGAGAUGAUAUUACCCAGCAAAUUGGAUUCAUUUGGGAUCAGAUCAAAGCUCCAUUAAUUGUUCCAUUGCUGAGACUCGCGGUUUUUCUGUGUUUGGCCAUGUCGGUGAUGCUGUUCAUUGAGAGGGUUUACAUGAGCAUUGUGAUCGUUCUCGUAAAGCUAUUUGGGAAAAAACCAGAGAAACGAUACAAAUGGGAACCGAUUAAAGACGAUGUGGAGAUGGGUAAUUCAGUUUAUCCCAUGGUUCUUGUCCAAAUUCCAAUGUUCAACGAAAGAGAGGUUUACCAGCUCUCCAUUGGAGCUGCUUGUGGUCUCUCAUGGCCUUCAGAUCGAAUUAUAAUCCAAGUCCUCGACGAUUCAACAGACUCAACAAUCAAGGAUUUGGUUCAACAUGAAUGCCAGAGAUGGGCAAGCAAAGGAAUUAAUAUCAAAUAUGAAGUGAGAGAUAAUAGAAAUGGUUACAAAGCAGGUGCUCUCAAGGAAGGAAUGAAGCGAAACUACGUUAAGAACUGCGAUUACGUUGUUAUAUUCGAUGCAGAUUUCCAACCAGAGCCGGAUUUCCUGUGGAGAACAGUUCCUUUUCUUGUCUUCAACCCAGAGAUUGGUCUUGUUCAAGCUCGCUGGAACUUUGUAAACUCGGACGAGUGUUUGAUGACAAGAAUGCAAGAAAUGUCGUUGGAUUACCAUUUCAAGGUGGAGCAGGAGGUGGGCUCCUCCACCUAUGCCUUCUUUGGUUUCAACGGAACGGCAGGUGUGUGGAGGAUCUCGGCUCUCAAUGAGGCCGGCGGUUGGAAGGACCGGACCACGGUCGAGGACAUGGAUUUGGCGGUCCGAGCUAGUCUUAAGGGCUGGAAAUUCUUGUACCUAGGUGAUAUUAAGGUGAAAAAUGAAUUGCCAAGUACUUUAAAAGCAUACCGCUUUCAGCAGCAUCGCUGGUCUUGUGGACCAGCUAAUCUGUUUAAGAAAAUGGUAAUGGAGAUCAUAAGGAACAAGAAAGUAUCUAUGUGGAAGAAAGUACAUGUGCUCUACAGUUUCUUCUUUGUUCGCAAGAUUGUAGCGCAUAUCGUCACUUGUGUUUUCUACUGUAUUGUAUUGCCAAUGACCGUUUUGGUUCCUGAAGUUGAAGUUCCAAAGUGGGGAGCUGUUUAUAUCCCUUCCAUCAUUACCUUUCUUACUGCAGUUGGAACUCCAAGAUCACUCCACUUGAUCUUAUUUUGGAUCCUUUUUGAGAAUGUCAUGGCGUUGCACCGGACCAAAGCGACGUUUAUUGGUCUGCUAGAGGCAGGGAGAGUAAAUGAAUGGGUUGUCACAGAGAAAUUGGGAGAUGCUCUCAAGAUAAAAUCAGCAGCUCCUAAAGCAGCUAAGAAGCUUCCUCGAUUCAAAUUCGGAGAUAGACUUCAUCUACUAGAGCUCGGAUUCGGAGCCUUCCUCUUCUUCUGUGGCUGCUAUGACAUCACAUUUGGGAAAAACCACUACUUCAUAUACCUUUUCUUCCAAUCCAUCACAUUCUUCAUCAUGGGGUUUUCUUAUGUAGGCACAUUUGUCCCCAACUCAUAGAACGAUUGGGAUUUCUCAUGCCAUGCCUCUCUCUCUUCUCCAACAUCAUCCGUAUGGAAUUUCUUGGCGGCAUUUUUUUCACAUUUGUUAUUGUUUUAGCUCAUAAGAAGAAAGGCGCAGUAUUCUUUCAUGCUUCAAAGCACUAGAUAUGUGUCCUGAAGAAUUCUAUUGUGAAUACUAAAGAAGCAGCAGGAAGUUACAAAACAUAAAUGUUCUUAUUAUGUGAAUGCAUUAUACAAAGGAAAGAAGAAAGUGGUAGCAGAAGCAGCAUAUAUAAGGGGUUUGUUGACCCAAAGUAGAUAGUGUAAAACAUCUUUAAAUGUUUAUAAUUGUGGGAUUUUGUGUAGCUUCAUUUUUUUGUUUUUCUUCCACUAAAUUAUGGUUUCUCUUGUAUUGGAUUUUGUUUGUGAGACAAUAAGCUUGUGGCAGGGAUGGCAAAUUUGUAAUUCAAAUUUUUUUCUUUUAGCAAUCUCUGGUGGGGUUACUUCUGUUUCUCCCAUUGUACUUUUGUUGGAACCUGGAUUUCAAAUAGAAUUGCAUUUCUU